GUGAGUGACAGCUGAGAUUUAAGCCUCCGGGACGGAGCUGCAGUCUGAAGCGACAGAAACACGCAGUUUAAAACAAAAUAACUCCCUAUUAUACAACUUUUGUGGACUUGAAAAGGCUUUAAAUCUACUUUACUUUAUUUUUUGUUACAAGAAGUUAAAAGGAGUGACAUUCCUUCAUCCAACAGCAGCCGAGGACUCCAUGUUGUCCCUGCAGCAGCACAGAGGUAUGCUGUAAUACUGCAGUACUAUAUAACUGUGAUACCGUAUAACUCGGGGCGGAUUCUUGGAGAGCUCCAUGGGAAUUUGAGGAAUGUCUCGGGAACGCCCCGGGUGGGAUUCAGGAUGUGUUCCCAUUUUCCCGGGUUUGAUUGUCGCUUGUUGCUAACGACCCUCUCUUCCUGUUCCUGCCUGUGGGAUGAUCUGUCUUUGGACACGGGGAGGGGAACACAAUGUCAUUGAAGAUUUCAUCAGACUGUUGAACUCCUGACCUCAAACCCUUGUUCUCAACACACACAUCUCUUCAUCCCACUUAUUGAUAUAUCAUUACAGUGUGUGUUGCUGUGCAGUGAGGGUCUCCUCUGUCAACCUCCUGCAGGACAGCAGCUCUCCUUCGAGCCCAGAACGAGGGUCUGAUCCUGGGCAGAGGGAUCCAGCUGAUGCCCCCCAUCCACCACACACACUCACACAGGGAUAUGCUCUAACAUACGCCGGUCAAAAUGAUGGCCUCAGUGGUCGCCCGGGGUAACCGCAGGAAGUCCCUCACGCUGAGAGGGGUGGACCCCGAGACCUGCAUGAUCGUGUUUAAAAACCACUGGGCUCAGGACUUCCUGUUGAAGGAUACUCCCGCCCCCUCUCCCUGCAGGUGGUGAAGAUCUUAGAGAAGCACGAGCCGAGUCGCAGCGGAGCUCUGAGUUUCCUCUCGUCUCACACUGGAGGAUCUGCAGGGCUGCGACUCGGACCCAUCCCCACCGACGAGGCCAGCGCCGUGCAGAACUACGUGGAGCACAUGCUGUUCCUGCUGAUGGAGGAGGAGGCGGGCCAAGGCGGAGCGAUGGGGCCCAUCCUAGAGCUGGUGGUGGUGGAGGGCGUGAUGGAGAGGCUGUUCCUGUGGAGCCUGAGGAGGCAGUUUACAGAGGACAUGAAGCUGGAGCAGCUGUGCAUCUACCAGAUGCUGCUGUCCCAGGCCCGGCAGCCGCUGCUGCACCACAAGCCCAUCCUCCGGCCUCUGAUGAUGCUGCUGGCCUCCUGCGCCGGCGCAGCCACCGACGGCGGCGGUGUGGUGGAGGCGGAGCUUGUCCUCCUGCUGCACCAGCUGUGUGUUUCUCUGGUGAAAGACCCCUCAGUGCUGGAGCUAUUCUUCCACACCAGUGAGGACCAGGGGGCCGCCAACUUCCUGCUCUUCUCCCUUCUCAUACCCUACACACACAGACAGGGCUCAGUGGGUCAGCAGGCCCGGGACGCUCUGCUGCUCAUCAUGUCUCUGUCCGCCGCCGACCCUCGAGUCGCCCGACACAUCGCCCAGAACACAUACUUCUGCCCUGUUCUGGCCACAGGUCUCUCUGGUCUGUACUCGUCUCUUCCUGCCAGGCUGCAGGUCUACAGUGAGGACUGGCACUGUCUGGACCAAGCCGACUGGCAGCAGGUUCCAGCUCUCGUCCACUUCAUGCACUCUCUGGACUUCUGUAGUGCUGUUACAAAGGUGGCUCACCCAUCGAUCCGCUCUCAGCUGUUGGGUUAUAUCUACAACGGCUUCCUGGUUCCUGUUCUGGCUCCUGCUCUGCACAAGCUGACGGUGGAGGAGGUGAUGACCACCACGGCGUACCUGGACCUGUUCCUGCGCUCCGUCUCCGAGCCCGCCCUCCUGCAGAGCUUCCUGUCCUUCAUCCUGCUGCACACACACGACAGCGUGCACAUCCUGGACACGCUGGUUAGCCGAGUCAACACACCCUUCCAGCUGGGCACGGUGUCUCUGGCUCUGUUCAGGACUCUGAUUGGUCUCUUCUGUGAGGACGUCAUGCUGCAGCUCGUCUUCAGGUAUUUGAUCCCCUGCAGCCACCUGAGCAGGAGGCAGCGUUCCUCCCUGCAGCAGAAACACUCCUCCUCCUCCUCCAGCGUCUCCUUCCUGCUGCUCCUGCCAUCCUGGAGCCCGGGCAACAACAACACACACUCAGAGCAUAUCCACUGGCCCAAAGCAGCCGAUGUGUCGGACAGCGUGGGUUACUGCCGGGCGUCAGACUUCCUGAUGGAUGUGAACUACCUGCUCUACCUGUGGGACGCUCGCCGGGCCAUAUCCACCUCCCACAGGGCGUGUCAGCGAUGGUCGUCUCCCUACGACGGGAUCGACCCUCCAGUUCUGGAAUCUGCCGUUGAAGAAGAGGAAGACAUCGCAUCUCAGAUCAAAAAUGACUCCCCGACGCCAGCCUUUUCCCCAUCACCUCCUCCCUCAGAUCCGCUUCCUACAGGAAACCACGCAGUGCGAGCCGGUUCCUCCUUGGAGCUGGAGUGGGACGACAUCUUUGCAGACGACGAUGCCUGCUCGUUAGCAGACGGUGUUACGAUGGAGGUCUCCAGAUGCACCUCGACGCCUUUACCCCCACGACACAUCCAGGAGAUGCGCCGCACCGCGACCAAGCUGGUGCACGGAUCCUAUGUGGAGGAGUCGGACUUUGAGGACGACGUGCUGGUCUACGACCUGGUGGCACAGCGGGAAACCAAGGCGACCAAUCGGCAAUCACGAGGAAACAAAACGACGAGGUUCGGGCGGACGGUGAUGGAGGCGGUGAACAGUAUAAUGUCGACACGGAGGAAGAGCGAGGAGGCAGAGAAAGAGGAGAGGAGAAGGAGUGAGGAGAGGAGGCAGGAAGCAGAAGAGAUGGACGCAGAAGAAGGACGACUCACGAACGGCUUCAACGAUCACAUUGUCAGCGAACAGGACGAUCCUGAUGAACAUCCAGUGCCACGUUCAGGGACGUUUCAAAACGGUGGGAUUAAUCACUUACCUGGAGAGGAAGUCGCUGAAAAGGACGACUUCCUGUCCCGAUACCAGGAGCUCAUGAUGUCGUUAGGUGUGGAGCCGGACUGUGAAGACGUCACUAACGACAUUAGCUCGUUCAGGAGGCGAGUCCGAGCGCUGAGGCAAAAACUGGGAGAGGAAGAGGAGGAGGAGGAGCUUGUCUGUCACUUCUCGUGGGAUGACGGUGAGCAAGAGGAUGAAGUCAUGGAGGAAGGAGAGGAGGAAGAAGGGAGUAAGGAAGGAAGCAGGAGGCAUGGAGCUCCCUUUACAGGCCCAUUCAUCAGCGUCUUGUUGUCCCGGCUGGAGAACCUUCUGGAAAACUCCAUCUCUGUGAACCUGCUGCUGACAGGAAUCCUGGCUCAGCUGGCGUCGUACCCACAACCUCUGCUGAGGGACUUCCUGCUCAGCACACACACACACAGCCAGCACAACGUACGCACACUCUACCAGGUGUUGGUAUCUGUGCACGCUCAGAUCGAGCGCUACGUGGCGGACCGACCUGAUUUCCCUGCUCUGCUCGCUCAGGCCUGGAGGUUCCUGCUGGCUAAAGACCAGGACAGCAAGUUAAGAGAGAGCCUCCAGGUUCAGGAUGGGGAUGUAAUCCUGGACCCGUCCCUCCCCAAUGGCUGGGUGAGGACGGCCCUGUCUCCACCCCCCCUCAGCGUCCUGCCACCCUGCCCCCCCAUCCCACCGCAGGCCAAGAGCCGAGUGUUCGCCAUCGUGAUGUUUGCCGAGUUCCUGAAAGAAUUGGCCGCCAUUGCCCAGGAGCAAAGCAUCGCUCCGGCUGCUGCAGAGGAGUGACGGACAUUAAUGUGCAUGCUAUGAAGGUACCGCUGGAAAAGGACAGACAAGGCUGGAAAAAAAGCACAAAACAUGCAACAACAUACGUGUAUGUAUUUGCAUUUGCAUGUUUUUAUAUUAAUCAGAAUCAGAAAACAUUAUUGACCAUUUGAGAAUGAAAUAAAUACAAAUAACUGAAUAUAUAUUUUACAAAAGAGACUUAAAGUAAGAAUUCAAAGUCAAAUAAAAUGUAAAAAAUGUUUAAAUAAGAGGUUAAAAUAAAAUAUCCAAUAAAAGAUCAAAAUAAUACAAAUUAAAUGUUAUUUUAUCAUUUCUGUGGGGAAACGUUACUUCAAUUCUAAGUUUUUACAUUAUUUAUUACAUUAGAUUUUUUAUUGCACAUUCUUACUUUAACUUUUUCUGUUUUUAUAAAUAUUUUUAUUCAAUGAUUUUAUUAUUAAAUAUUAAAAAAUGAUGAAGAAUAGAAAAGUCAGAGUAAUAUAUGAGGCCUGUUAAAUAUUUGUUGUGUACAAUACAUGUAUAUUCUGAGCGGCACUUUACCGUAUUUAUAUGUUGAUAAAAACGAGGUUAUUUUUAAGAUAAUAUUCUAUAUUUGUCAGACGAUAAAUGCUCUGUUUUCCCACUUGUAUUAAUGUGCACUUUUUUAUUUUUGUUUAUCAACUGAAGAAUCCUGAGCUGCGUUGAACCUCGUUGUGGCCAAAACAAGGAAAUACUUUAUUUAAUAUUUUAUUCUUACCGUUUUUUAAACCAACCUCAAUUCAAAAAGAUAUCAAAGUUACAGCGAAUGUUUUUCCGUUUAAUCUGAAGACAUUAUGGGAUGGCCUGCUGUGUGUUGAUAGUGCCAUCUGCUGGUGAAAACCUGUACUGCCAAAAUAAUAUGAGAAUACUAAAUCUGAAAACACAAAAAUAUCUUCGUUUGUUUCUUUAAGUAUUUAAAAAGUUACUUAUGAAUAUUGAUGAACUGAGCGAUGAAGUGUUUGUAUACGUUGAGGAACUUCUCUCUCUCAAGAUAAAUAAAGUCUUUAACAAUA